GCCACUAAAAACAGCUGUUUAAUUUAUUUCCAUUAUAUAGCUAGUUCUUCACAAACUAACCACUCAUGGCUCCAAACCUUAGCAGGGAAUCCUCGGAUGCCUUUGAUGGCCUGCGACGAGAAUGCCCGGCCAUCAGCCUUUGCUUUCAAAGGCCACGAUUUCACCGUGCAUGGCCACCGUUUCCUUCAUGACAUCCCAUCCAACUUAACCAUGACACCUGCUGCUUCCCUGAUCGUUUGCCCAACCAAAGGCCUAGACACCACCGGUUGCUUCAUCGGGUUCGUGUCCAACGCACCCAAGUCCAGGCAUGUCGUGCCAGUCGGGCGCCUGCGUGGCAUCCGUUUCAUGAGCAUAUUCAGGUUCAAGGUCUGGUGGACCACGCACUGGGUCGGAAACAAAGGCCGAGACGUUGAGCACGAGACCCAGUUCAUGAUCCUCGACCGCUCGGUCUCUGGCCGACCGUACGUCCUUCUUCUCCCUCUCAUCGAAGACCCUUUCCGAGCAUCGCUCCAGCCCGGAGAAAAUGACUUCAUCGACAUUUGCGCCGAGAGUGGCUCCACCGCCGUCAAUGGCUCGGUCUUCAACAGCGUCAUGUACAUGCACGCUGGAGAUGAUCCCUUACGUCUUGUCAGAGAUGCCAUGAAGGUGGUCAGGUCUCAUCUGGGAACGUUCAGGUUGUUGGAGGAGAAGACCCCUCCGGCGAUCGUUGACAAGUUCGGGUGGUGCACGUGGGAUGCUUUCUACUUGAAUGUGCAUCCUGAAGGUGUUUUGCAAGGAGUGAAUGGUCUUGUUGAAGGUGGUUGUCCUCCUGGUUUGGUUCUCAUUGAUGACGGGUGGCAGUCCAUUUGCCAUGACGAUGACCCCAUAACUGACCAGGAAGGCAUGAACCGGACGUCCGCUGGGGAGCAGAUGCCAUGCAGGCUGAUCAAGUUCCAGGAGAACUACAAGUUCAGGGACUAUGAGAGCCAGAGAAAUGGCAAGUCAGGGAUGGGAGCUUUUGUGAGUGACCUUAAAGAGGAUUUCAAGAGCAUAGACCAUGUCUAUGUUUGGCACGCCCUGUGUGGGUACUGGGGUGGGAUACGGCCUCAAGUCCCAAGCUUGCCAGAGUCCAAGAUCAUUGCUCCCAAGCUCUCUCCUGGUCUUGAGAUGACUAUGGAGGAUCUGGCAGUUGAUAAGAUUGUAAACAAUGGGGUUGGGUUAGUGCCUCCUGACAGAGUUCACGAGAUGUACCAAGGAUUGCAUUCUCACUUGCAAUCUGUUGGUAUUGAUGGAGUGAAAGUGGAUGUCAUUCAUUUGCUGGAGAUGCUGUGCCAGGAGUAUGGAGGGAGGGUGGAGUUAGCCAAGGUUUACUACAAAGCCCUUUCUGACUCUGUUAGGAAGCAUUUCAAAGGCAAUGGAGUCAUCGCCAGCAUGGAACACUGCAACGAUUUCAUGUUCCUAGGCACAGAAGCAAUCUCUCUUGGCCGUGUUGGGGAUGACUUUUGGUGCACUGAUCCCUCUGGGGAUCCCAACGGCACCUUUUGGCUCCAAGGCUGCCAUAUGGUUCACUGCGCGUACAACAGUCUUUGGAUGGGCAACUUCAUUCAGCCAGAUUGGGACAUGUUCCAGUCCACACACCCUUGUGCUGCAUUCCAUGCCGCAUCCCGGGCCAUCUCUGGUGGUCCUAUUUAUGUCAGUGACUCUGUGGGACAACAUGACUUCAAUCUCUUGAAGAGUCUUGUGCUUCCUGAUGGCACUAUCUUGCGCUGUGAGUAUUUUGCUCUCCCAACCAGAGACUGCCUCUUUGAAGACCCUCUCCAUGAUGGGAAGACCAUGCUCAAUAUCUGGAACCUUAACAAGUUCACUGGAGUUCUCGGAACUUUCAAUUGCCAAGGAGGAGGCUGGAGCCGCAAAGACAGGAAAAACAUAUGCUUCUCUGAGUGCUCACACUCCUUAACCUCCACUGCACGGCCAAAUGAUAUAGAGUGGCAAAAUGGCAAAACUCCAUUCCAAACAGAUGGGGUUGAACUAUUUGCAGUCUAUUUGUUCAAAGCUAAGAAACUGGUGUUUCUGAAGCCAGAUGAGAGUUUAGAAGUCUCUCUGGACUCAUUUGAUUUUGAACUACUAACCGUGUCUCCAGUGAAGACAUUGUCUGCUAAGAAAACAAUCCAAUUUGCUCCUAUUGGUUUGGUGAACAUGCUCAACACUGGUUGUGCAAUCCAAGAGUGUAAGUUCAGUGAGAAUGGUGGGAAUGAAGUGGUAGCUGAAGUUGCUGUAAAAGGAACAGGAGAAAUGAAGGUAUUCUCUUCAGAGAAACCAAUGACUUGCAGGAUAAAUGGAGAAACAGUGCCAUUUGAUUAUGAAGACAAGUUAGUCUCCAUCCAAGUGCCAUGGUCUGGUUCUUCUUCAAAGCCAUCAGUUAUAGAGUACUCCUUCUACCAAUAAUAAUAAUAAUAUAUUCUAACUCAGAUGUGAUAUAAACAUUUUAUAUCGGCUUUGUAUUUUUCUAGUUUUGUACAGUGCUCUAUUUGGAUUGUUGUGUGAAACAGAGGAAAGGACAAAAAAAAAAUGAAAAAAAAA